AUUGGGGAUUUCCAAUUAAACCCUGCAGAAUGUAAUAAACGAGAACAGUAGCAGGAAAUUAAUUAGUGAGAUGAUGACGAUGACUGGAGAUAACGAGAAAGGAGAGCGAUGGAGCGGAGCGAUGACGAAUCUGACGGAGAUGUCGUCGAAUCUCGAAUCUCUCCAGAAGCUUCUUCUCACCAAAGCCGUCUUCGUCGACGACGACACCUUCUCCAAAGCCUCCCUCACAGCUGACCAAGCCCGCUCCAUCAAACUGCUCCAGCAACGAGUCGAGACCUUGGAGAGAGAGGUCGACGCCGCCAUCACAGCUGCCGCUCGCGCUCGCUCCGAGAAACGACAGGCUGAGGCCGCUCAGAAAGCCGCCGAAUCUCGCGCUCAACAGCUCACCGCGGAACUUGAAAACACCACAAAGGUGUUUAAGUUGCACAUGGAAGAGCUGCGCGCGAAGCAAGAAGAAAUCCAGAAGCGCGACGAGGACAUCAAGCUUCUCGAAGCUAUAAUUCGAACACUUGGAGGAAAGGAAUCGCUCUCUACGUCUCAGUAAAACCAUACGCGUUAGUCUUGGUCAACCCUAACCAAUGUGAUUCUCCUGCGCCAAAUGAGGAUAAAGAAUGGAGGAAGUGCAAGGUAGAUUGCAACUUGCAGGUGUUGAACUUUGUUUUAACUUGAAACGAAUUGUCAUCGGUUUCAUAGCAUGCAGUUGCCAUAAGUUACGAUACAUUGUAUUGCUUCUGAUCUGCGUGUAUAGUUUCAUCACAAUAGGAGUGUGUGUUUGAGUAAACAGUUAAAUUAAGUGCUUGCUGAGUAAGUGUUCUUAUGUAAAAGUUGUGUUUACAUAAGGAGUGUGUAAACUAGGAGUGUGUGUUUGAGUAAACUACUUGUUUACAAGUUGUUUAUGUAAUCAAAUAAUACAUAUGAUUAAACUGUUUUCAUUUACUGUGA